AUGGCGGACCAGUCUAUUUUCCGCAUCACCAAGGAGAUUAGCGACCUCCAGAAGAACUCAGACCUAUCCCUCGCCGUCGCAUUCCGCGAUCGUGACGUGCGCAAUGUCAAGGCUCUAAUCAUCGGUCCCCACGAGACUCCCUACGAGUUCGGCUUUUUCGAGUUUGCCGUCAAGUUCAACAAGGAGUAUCCGCGCAAGUCACCCGCCGUCACGGGGACGACGACGAAUGGCGGACGAUGUCGCUUCAACCCCAACAUCUACGCUAAUGGUAAGGUGUGUCUAUCGAUCCUGGGAACAUGGAGAGGCGAGCGAGGCGAGGAGUGGUCGGCUGCGCAGGGUCUCGAGUCGAUUCUGCUGUCGAUACAGAGUUUGAUGUCGUCAAAUCCAUACGAGAACGAGCCCGGCUUUGAGGAUGCCAAUGAGGAGUCGGACAAGAAGAACCAGAAGGAAUAUGUCGCCAAGAUUCGGCACGAGUCGCUGCGCAUUUCCGUCAUCCAGCGUAUGGAGGAAUACCUGGGCAUUUCAUCCAACACCACCACAACGCCUACCGCCGCUGAGAGAGAAGACUACGAUCUUGACAUGGACGACGAUGACUAUGAUGGUUCAGCUGUGCCGUGGGAGCCCUUCAAGGACCUAAUCAAGCGCCGCUUCCUCUGGUAUUACGAUUCAUACCUAGACGCUAUUCAGAAAGCCAAAGAAGAGGUCAAAGACGGACAGCAAUUCUCGCGAAUGCCCUUCGAGGGAAGUUCGAAUACAAUGGAGGGCAGAUUCAACUACACCGACCUCGAGCGACGACUGCGCAGGAUCAAGGCAACGCUUGAAACCGAGGCCGACAGGUGGGCGGCAGAGGGUCUGACUACGAAGCACAAGGAUAACACUGUUGCUGUCAACCUCUCUCGCCAGUUCGAACAAAUCAAGGAGUCAUAUAAAAGGGCCGAUGUGCCCCACAGCAUAGAACUGGUGGACGGGAACCCCUUCGUCUGGCACCUGACAUACUUUGGCCGUCCAAUGACGAACCUUGACGGAGGCCUGUUCCGCAUCAAGCUCAGAUUCAGUCCGCGCUUCCCUGAGGAGCAACCGAGAGUUACCUUCGAGACACGGAUGUUCCAUCACCGCAUAGCAGCAGACGGUACGCCGUGCUACUUCCCGAAUCCCAGUCGCCGCGAAGACGUGAAGCAGCACAUCGAGGCUAUCAUCGAGGCGCUCGAGGAGGAGCACCCGCCCUACGACCCCAGGACCCUCAUCCACCCUGAAGCCCACAAGCUCUUCUGGGGUGGUGCGGACGACCGCAAAAUAUACAACAGACGACUCCGUAGAUCCGUCCAGCAAAGUAUGGAGGAUAUGUGA